AUGACAAGCAUAUGUCUGACUUCUGAAGACACCCUUGGGUCUGAUAGUCUGCUCGAUCUGGUACAGAGCGUCAGGGGACGCUCUUGGCCAGAGGCCAGCGUAUAUGAUGAUUGCACUUUCUCACGACGGUCAACUGUUGCUCCGGCACUUGAUGAUAAUUCGGCUUUGACAAGCCCGCUAUACCAGGACCUCCAAGGCGUGCGACCUGUGCCACAAGAAGAAGACACGCUGUCUGAAAUCGGGCUCCUCCGUCAGCUGUCUCCGGUGUCUUGCGCUGAACGAGCCGUGCUCGCUGGCCCCCAGCACCCCAGAGUCCACCACGCCGACCUUUACCCAGCCCCAGACCCAGGAAUUUGCCGAAAUGUCUGUGCGCACCAGCCUGGCGUCCAUCUCCUCGGACGUGAGAGAGGUUCUGCGAGUACUGAGAGACUCAACGCUUCCGGAGCCUGCUGCCUCGAUCUCCGACUCGUACGAGCUCAACAUGUCCUCGAGGCCGAUCACCACCAUCAGCACGUCGCCGCUCGCGUUCGUGGCCCACGUGCAGCCGGACACGUCGCUCUUCCCGGCCGCGGUGCUGAACCAGCUCAAUUUGCUACCCUCGCUGGAAAACACGCAGACGGACAUCGUGUCCAUGCAGCUGCUGAGCUACGACCAGGCCGCCAAGCUGCUCGACAUCUUCCGCGACAGGUACGGCCGCUGGAUCUCGUUUCCGGACACCUUCAGCACGCCGCAGCUGCUCACGCAUAUCCGCAAAACGUGUCCGCUGCUGCUCACCGUCGCGUGCGCGCUCUCGCUGAAAUACGGCGACCCCAACCUCAAAGAGCUGGUCUACCACGAGAUGCUGAUCAUCAUCAAGAGAGAUCUCGAGCGGAGCCUGAUAAACAUGCCCAAACGGCUCGAGUUCCUCCAGUGUCUGAUCAUUCUCUCCAUCUACAGCGUGAGUCUGAGCGACGAGGCUGCAGAGCUACGUCUCGACGGAUGGUAUCUGUCGCACAUAGGCAUCCAUCUGUUUCUGCGGCUGAACAGCUACGGGCUCUUCGAGUACCUGUACGACCCGGCGCUCGUGCAGUUCGAGUUCAACGAGCUCACGUCGUACAGAAUCAUCAACACGCUCGUGCUCAUCCAUCUGGCGUACUCGCUGCUCUCUGGAAAACAGUCCUCCUACUCGCUGGGCACCCUGACCCCGAAAAAGUUCUACGACCACAGCCUGUCCACCAACUUCGACUACCGCAUCAUCGCAGAGGUCGAGGUCUACCUGUUUGCGUACCGGUACCUGCAUCUGGGCGAGAGCCUGGAAAUUGUGCGCAGCGAGAUGAAAGGGUGGCUCUCCGAGUGGGAGGAGCUAUUUACGAGCUCUGCAAACGAGUUUGUCGAGAUCGACUACCAUCUGGCCGAGCUGCUGCUGAUCCUCGGCGAGAACAACGCCGACCUCGACAAGGUGCGCGAGAACGCGGAGGCGUACGAGGCGGCGUAUUUCCACUCGGCAGAGAUACUGAAGCUGGCCGUCUCCAUCACCGACGACUCGUACUUUGCGUUUCUGUCGGACCAGAUGCACAUGAUCAUCGUGUACAACGCAAUGGUGGUAGGCACGCUCCAGCGGCCGUCCGACCCAGACGUGGACGGUCUGCUGCAGCACCUGAAAAACAGAUACACGAGAAUCGCGACGAGCGACAACGACAUGGCCUCCAAGUACAGCAUGAUGCUGGAGGGCAGAAACAGGUAAGAACGAGUAAUGGGAUGUGUUGGGAGAAGUUAAUGGAUUCAGAUUUCUGUAUUCAGUGUACUUAUGUAGCUGGACAACGGGCCGGUAGCAGGCACAGCUCUGUGCGCAGCGGCCGCGAGCUGCCCUUGUUCACUGGCCAGCCUUGA